AUGUCUCGUGCGCCUCCCUUUCCUACCCGUCGACGAUCUCCAUCCAACGCCAACGGUGCUUCAUAUCCUUCACCAUCAUCCUACGCUUCGCAGCCUCUCUCCGCUCCAGGCAUACCAACGCGUCCCCUACAAAUAUCACGACCCCCAUCGCGUCCUACAACGCCCAGCAACUCUGCUUUCGCAUCAGGUUCUCCGCUUCACGCACCGCCCAACACCGCUCCCAUCGGUCCUUCUCGCCCGCAGCGCUCUGAACGAAGAGGACGCCUUUCAGAGUACUCUGGCUCUGAACGCGCUUCUAUUUCAUCUCAAGAUCUCUACAGGGACAGCAUUAGCACCACCCGUUCAGAGCUUUCCGGCUCCUAUCGAACUUCAAAUGUUCCUCUGCAUUUGAGAACUAAUCAACCUCAGCAGAGUCCAACAUCAGACGAUGGCGAUCACACAACUCCAACCUCUUUAGUUUCUGCCCUAUCGGCCUUCCAGUCGGCUGGAACCAGAAGGCGUCAAACACUCAAUGCAGAAGAUGUUGAUUAUCAAAGAGAAAGAGAGGCGGAAAUGGAGGCGGAAAAGCUGAGACAGCAGCGAAUACGAGAGAAAGUUCCGGGAAUUCGGUCGAAAAGGGGGGGAAAGGCAGGCGAGAUCGACGCGGUUCUUGAUCAAGUCAAGGAUGGCUGGGAAUUCGUCAUCGACCCAGACUUCAAUAAUGUGGAAUUGGCUUUACAACUUCUCGACAGCUCUUCACAUGGCAAGAAUAUGGAAUCCUUUCGGAAUACAAAGAAUAUGCUCUCGAAAGCCCUUAGAGGCUCUGUCGAUAAGCAUUAUCAGGCAUUCGCAGCUUCCCUGCCACAUCAUGCCUCUCUCUUGAAUCACCUCACAGAAUCCCAGGGACAUAUCUCGAGCACGCGAACAUCGCUUACUGAGGCCAAGGACGCUCUUGCAAGCAAACGUGCCGACCUUGUUCAACUUUGGAACCGAACACAAACUCUCGAAGAGAUGCUUCGAGUUCUAGAUCAAAUGUGUGACGCUAAACCUGCCUUGAAACAUCCUACUGACCUUCCCUCUAGCGAGCACUUGAAAAGGGUCCCUGACCUUCUUGAAACGUUAAUGUCGGAAAAACGGCUAUUACAGGCAUCUGUGUUGCUUGUCAAAAGUCUGAAAAUAAUUAAUAAGCCAGAUAUGCUAGAAGUUGGCGCAAUAUCUGAUUUGAGGAGUUAUCUUAAUGGCCAAGAAACGGCGCUGCGUGAGAUCCUUACUGACGAACUUCAAAGUCACCUGUACCUGAAGUCAUUUUGGUGUGACGCUCGGUGGUCUGCGUACACCCCAAACCAGCAAAAUUUCCCCAGAGGCGAAGUUGAGCGUGAUGUGGAACCCACAGGGCAAACUGGAAACCACAUGUCACCUACGUCCCCUUCCUUUCAUCAAACUCGUUUGACCCGAUUUCUCAACAAUCUCGCACUUCGGCCUAAUGAUCCACCCCUUGACAUGAGCAAUCCCGGAUAUCAUAGUGAUAGUGGGACAUCCUCCAUCCCUCCUAAUGGUACCUCCCUUAUCCACUCGCCUGCGAAUCUGAACCCCGAAAGUGACUCAUUUGCCUACAUGGAGACUCUUCUCGAAUCACUGGCUGUACUCGGAAAAUUGGCUGCUGCGUUGGACAACGUUUCCCAGAGAUUACCAGGCGAAAUUUUCAGUCUCGUCGAGACAACUCUUGGCGAGGUAGAGGAUAGGGCUGAGUAUGGAAAGAAACGAACCAUAUCUUCUCUGAAUGAAGGUGCCCUCGAUAGAUCGGAAGGAAUUUAUGUUUUUACUUCUCGCGACGCAGUGACUGGCAUGACAGCUGGCGUUAAAAUGCCCCUUCUGGACGCGUCAACUCUCAGGCUCUCUGCAUUGGAGUCGUCUUCUAAAAGAGGUGAUCACGAGAUAUUGCGCGACUUAUUCUGGACUCUUUAUUCGAAAUUGGAUGCUGUAGCUCAGGGAUUAAGAGUGUUGUCUGAGGUUGCGAAUCGGAUAGGAUCUAGGCGUGAUUAUCGAGACUCAUCUGGUACAAAGCCCACAGUGUUAUUCCCUUUGUCAGAGAUUUGGACUCCUGUUGAGGCCGAGGUUCGAAGGCUCAUCAACGACUAUCUUACUGAUGAACAACGAGGAUCAGCGUUGAGCCGAAACCCAAUCUCAUCGAUUAACGAGAUCCUUCGAGAGGGCAGGUUUUCUCGGGACAAGAUUAAACCCGUCUUCCGGUUUUCCGACACUGAUAACAAAGUUACCAACAAAGUACUCAAGCCACAUGAGGACGGAUUGAUCCAAGUGCUCAAGGGUACAAUGCCCGGACUCGCUCCCAGCGGCGUCGGAGAUAACGCACAAACCAUCGUAACAAAUCUCACAGACGAUCAUUUGCUGGGCUCAGACCAACAUCAUCGACUCUUGAUCCGUCCAGAUGCAUUCCACGUCACCGUUUUAUUCCAGCCCACGUUGAGCUUUCUUCAACAAGUUUCUGAAUCGCUUCCUUCUGUAUUAGAAUCAGCUCGAGCUUCAAGUACAGUUCUCGAUGAAUUUGUCUUGAAAGUUUACUUGCCGCAAUUGGAAGAAAAAGUAUUAGACCUCUUCCACGACGCCGUCACAGGUCCGGAGGCUUUCCAAACGGAUCCACUGUCAUUGCGCCUUUGCUACGAGCCCCUUGUGAAGGCCAGCACACACCUGAUGGCACUCGUAAAUUCACUAUGCGCAAUGCUUCGUACAAGCCCAUUUCACCGGGAAAACUACUCACGACUUAUUCUGGGCGUUGUUAUCCAAUUCUAUCAGCGGUGUAGUGACAGAUUCCAAGCUUUGACGACCGGAGAGCCUGAAAUUGGCGUGGAACGCCGGAUAUCACUCGCCGCCCAAUGGGCCCAGAGUUCUGAACUACACCCUUGCCUAUCAGAAUUAAUGACAACAGACGUGUCGGAGGUGGAUAAGCAACAUCAGCUCUGCCGCCAAGAAACUCAUAUCGAGUUUGGACUCAUGGGUCGAAAAACUUUGGUGAAGGAAGACCUUGUGCCAUCUAUCCGGAAUCUAGCCGCCCUUGCCAGUUUAUACCGCAGUGUGUCCUGGUUCUCCUCGAAACUAAUAGCUUUGAAGGCAACACCUGAAGAUAUGAUAGUUCCUACGUCGCCUUCUGCUGUCGAACCAUCUACAGGAUUUACACCAACAACACCCUAUAUAUCCGCGUUAUCUGCAUCAGACACUCUGCAACUUCCUCUUUCUCGAGAGAUGGCCCUCCGAUUUCAAGCUCUUUUAGAGACCUACGAACAACUUUCUGGCCUUAUCUUGAACACUAUUCGCGUUGAUCUUCGAUGUCGAACCAUCUAUCAUCUAGAUGCGGCCAUGCGUCAUGGAAGCUACAGUUCUCAUUUUGAAGCGACCGAACCAGAUUCACACAUCGUGGAUCUCAACUCGGAACUUGUACAGUGCGACGAAUUCACAUCAGCGAGUCUUCCCAUGAACGAGCGACAAUUUGUCUUCGCGGGGCUGGGACAUCUAAUGGAGCACACGCUCAUCUCCAAUGCUCACCAUCUCAAACUCCCCAACGCAUUCGGCAUCAGAAAAAUUAUCAGAAAUAUGCUCGCGUUGCAACAGAGCAUAAAAACCCUAACUAACGAUCAACAGCACACGGAAUUCGAGCGUGCUCGGCGAUACUAUGAACUUUUCUUCCUCACUCCGCAGGAAAUGUUGGAUGGCAUUCGACAGAGGCAGUCGUUCAGUUUUGACGAAUAUCAAACAAUGCUUAACUUCCAAUGCGGCGUUGACCCUUCGGAAGGUGAGGCGGGAACAGCAAACGCUACUGAUCGUAAAUAUAGCUUGUAUAUGAUAGACCUACAUGGACUAGAGAUCCAUGACUCGAAUCCUUAA